AUGGCCCUCGACGCCCAGAGUAACUGGAACGUUGAGAUGUCCCAGCCGAUGAGAGUUGCCCUCCGACCUCGUACCUCUGCAAAGAACGUUUCCACUACGAAAUCGCCCUCAUCUGCGCAAACGUCGUCGUCCCCUCUCAAGGUGUCAACCCGCGAAGUCCCUCUCCCCACUGAGAUCAUCUCCCUGAUCCUCUCCUUUAUACCCCGCCGCGCCUCCUCCCAACCAACCUUCUGGGCCUGUACACUUGUCUCCCGCGCCUGGUAUUCUGCUGCCAUUGCCCGCCUUUAUGACCAUCCGCACCUCACUCCUGGGAACUUCUCCUUCUUCGUCUCCACCAUUUGCCCCUCCAAAAAUGCACACAUACGGCAUACCCCGCUCUCUGUCCUCGUCCACCGCCUUGACAUGUCUGAACUUGUGCAUAACUCGAGCCGCUCACUCACCGCACGAUUGCUGGGGCGCUUAAAGGGGAACCUGGAGGAAUUUGUGGCGCCGCAGACGAGUUUUGCCAUCAAUUCGUUCGCGGCGCUUAGUAAAUGUGUACGCCUGCGGUAUCUGGAUCUCUCCUUAGUACCAGCAUCGAUUGAGAUGGAACAAUUGUUUAACACCUUGUCUACGAUGAACGAUCUGGAAACGCUUUUCUUCCCACGGAGUUCUAGGCCUGGUGUUACUCCCUGGACGGAAGGCCCGGAAAUAGAGAAGGGAGCGCGAUAUACCUGGCCGCCUAGGCUCAAGGCGCUGCAUCUAGCCGGCGGGGUUGACAAUUAUUUCCUGAAAUGGCAACUCAUACAUGCGCCGAAGACACUGGAGAGGCUGAGUAUCCAACACUGUUCGCAGGCUUAUGUGGGGGGGUUGAUGGACUGUCUAGAGGUUCUAGGGCCCCAGCUCCAACACCUCACCAUCCGUCAUCCGAUGACCAAACUCUUCCCCUCUGCCCUAGACCACAUUCUCCUCCUCUGCCCCUCCCUCAUCGCCUUCCGCGUCUCCGCCGACUACAUCUCGCACUCCUUCUUCGAAUCCAUCCCGCAGUCUCACCCGCUGCGGAUUCUCGAGCUCGACUGCUCGUCUACGGCGGGUGUAGAAGUCGGGAUUGACCCGGAUACGAUUUUUGAUGCGGUAGAGGAAGGGAGGUUGCCGGAUCUGCGGAGUGUGAGAGUCCAUGCGCGGCUGGCGUGGACGGCGACUGAGAGGAUAAAGCGGGAUGCCCAGGAUCUGGGGGAUAUUCUGGAGGCAGCGGAGAGGGAACGGCCGCUUGGAGUAGUGGCCGGAGUUUGGAUCGUCAAUGAUGAAAUGGCAUAG